CCCCCCCAGGUGAGAGGGGGGGUCACUAGGCCCCUCCCCCAGGUGAGAGGGGGGUCACUAGGCCCCUCCCCCCAGGUGAGAGGGGGGUCACUAGGCCCCUCCCCCCAGGUGAGAGGGGGGUCACUAGGCCCCUCCCCCCAGGUGAGAGGGGGGUCACUAGGCCCCUCCCCCCAGGUGAGAGGGGGGUCACUAGGCCCCUCCCCCCAGGUGAGAGGGGGGUCACUAGGCCCCUCCCCCAGGUGAGAGGGGGGUCACUAGACCCCUCCCCCAGGGCCAGAGCGGGGGUCACUAGGCCCGUUCCCCCAGGUGAGAGGGGGGGUCACUAGGCCCCUCCCCCCAGGUGAGAGGGGGUCAUCAGGCCCCUUCUUCCCCCCCCCCCAGGGCCAGAGGGGGUCACUAGGCCCCUCCCCCCAGGUGAGAGGGGGGUCACUAGGCCCCUCCCCCCAGGUGAGAGGGGGUCAUCAGGCCCCUUCUUUCCCCCCCCCCCAGGUGAGGGCGUCUCAGCAGGCCCCUUCUUCCACCCCCCCCCUCCAGGGCCAGAGGGGGUCUCAGCAGGCCCCCUUCCCCCAGGGCCAGAGGGGGUUCACCAGGCCCAGCAGGAACAGGAGGAGGUCUCCGGGGAGACUGGGAACCCAGUGUUUUGGAGCAGGGGCUUGCCCAGGUACUUAGAUCCCAGACGGAGAAAGACCAUUUGUAGUUGGGUGCCCAGUCGGAGAGAGUCAAACAGGCCUUUGAUUUAGAGCAGGGGGGCCCUUGGGCAAAGGGUCACCUGUGAAAGGAGCAGGUUGUAGCUACUGCCCAGUGCCUGCUGCUGCUGCUGCUGCUCUGUCCCCUUUGCAGCCCUGCUGGCAGCCUGACCGUAUAGCUGCUGAUACGAGGUGGGGUCCUUUCCCGUAUAGGGCAACAUGGCGAGCUCUGACAUCCUCGAAUACAAUGACAUCUACCAGGAGUUGAAAGGAACAAUGAUCGAUGGACGCCUGCGUCUGAGCCGUCAGACAAUUGUCUUCAAGAACAGUAAGACCGGGAAAGUGGACAGUGUCCAAGCCUCGGAUGUCAGUGAUGGAGUGUGGCGGCGUGUUGCCAGGGGUUAUGGCAUCAGGCUCCAGCUAAAGAAUGGCAACCUCUGCAAGUUUGAUGGAUUCCGGGAAGGGGAUUUUGACAAAAUGGCAGAUUACUUCAAGUCCCAUUACCAGGUGGAACUGCAGGAGAAGGAGAUGUGUGUGAAGGGCUGGAACUGGGGGACAGCUCGAUUUAACGGGCAGUUGCUUUCGUUUGACAUUGGUGAGCAAUCAGCCUUCGAAAUCCCCCUGUCCAACGUCUCGCAGUGCACCACAGGAAAGAACGAGGUGACCCUGGAGUUUCACCAGAACGACGAUGCCGAGGUUUCCUUGAUGGAAGUCCGAUUCUAUGUCCCGCCUUCCCAGGAGGACGGCAUGGAUCCGGUGGAGGCUUUCUCCCAGAACGUCCUCUCGAAGGCCGACAUUAUCCAGGCCACCGGAGACGCCCUCUGCAUCUUCCGAGAGUUGCAGUGCCUCACGCCAAGGGGCCGCUACGAUAUUCGCAUCUACCCAGCGUUCCUGCAUCUCCACGGCAAAACAUUUGACUACAAAAUCCCGUACACCACUGUCCUCCGCCUCUUCCUUCUGCCCCACAAGGACCACCGGCAGAUGUUCUUCGUGAUCAGUUUGGAUCCGCCAAUCAAACAGGGGCAAACCCGGUACCACUUCCUCAUCUUGCUGUUUUCGAAGGAUGACGAUCUGACCCUGACCCUAAACAUGAGCGAGGACGAAGUGGCAAAGAGAUUUGACGGGAAGCUAAGCAAGCAGAUGUCGGGGCCACUCUAUGAGGUAGUGAGCCGCAUCAUGAAGUCACUGGUCAGUCGCAAGAUUACCGUGCCUGGGAACUUUGUCGGGAAUUCGGGAGCUCACUGCAUCUCCUGUUCUUACAAGGCUAGCUCUGGUCUCCUGUACCCCCUGGAAAGGGGCUUCAUCUAUGUCCACAAGCCCCCUGUUCACGUCCGCUUCGACGAGAUUUCGCACGUGAACUUCGCACGAGGGACCACGACCACACGCUCCUUCGACUUUGAGAUUGAGACCAAACAGGGCACUCUGUACACCUUCAGCAGCAUCGAGAGGGAGGAAUAUGGGAAGCUGUUUGACUUCGUCAAUGCCAAAAGACUCAACAUCAAGAAUCGCGGUAUGAAGGAGAGCAUCAAACAGAACUAUGAUGAUUAUGCUGAUUCUGACGAGGACCAACAUGAUGCUUACCUGGAGCAGGUGAAGGCAGAGGGCAGAAUCCGCGAGGAGGCUGCGAAUGACAGCGAAUCCGGCGAGGAGACUGAUGAAUCCUUCAAUCCUGGCGAAGAGGAGGAUGAGGUAGAUGAGGAGUAUGACAGUAACGCUGGGGGCAGCUCCUCCAGCAGUAAUGAAGACGAGAGUGGCAAUGAGAAGUCCCGGAGCGUCCCCGCGAAGAAAGCCAAGGUAGUCAAGGAGAAACCUGCCAGGAAAAAGGCUGAGGGUAAGAAGUCUAAGGAUAAGGAUCCUCAUGCUCCGAAGCGGCCAAUGUCGACCUACAUGCUGUGGUUGAAUGCAAACAGAGAGAAGAUCAAACUUGACAAUCCCGGGAUCAGUGUGACCGAGUUAUCGAAGAAAGCUGGCGAGCUGUGGAAAGCCAUGACCAAGGAGAAGAAGGAGGAGUGGGAUGCCAGAGCUGCCACGGCGAGGAAGGAAUACGAUAAGAAGAUGGAGGAGUACAAGAGGAGCGGGAAAGCCGAGUCCUUCCAAAAGAAAAAGGAAGCCGAGAAGAGCAAGUCGAAGGGGAAAGCUGGGAAACAGUCUGUGUCCAGAAGCACCGUCUCCAAAAGCCCUGUGAAGGGAAACGGGGACAGCUUCAAGAGCAAAGAGUUUGUGUCGAGUGAUGAGAGCUCAUCCGAGAGUGAGGGGUCCGAGAAAGCAGCCAGCUCCGAAGAAUCUGGCUCUGAUUAGCUGAACUGGUCAAGCUUUUGUGGUUAAUUGCUGACAGUCCUUUGUGUCGAUUUGCAUCCCCUGCGUCCUGCAGUACCUGUUUGUAGUUUGUCUGCAAGAGUUUCAAUAAAGUGCUUUUUUUUAAAAAA